AUGACCGAGACAAAACCUGACCUAUUAUCUCGACCAAAACCUGACCUAUCAUCUCAGACAAAACCUGACCUAUUAUCUGAGACAAAACCUGAGCUGUUAUCUCAGUCAAAACCUGACCUAUCAUCUCGACCAAAACCUGACCUGUUAUCUCAGCUAAAACCUGACCUGUUAUCUCAGACAAAACCUGACCGAUCAUCCCGACCAAAACUUGACCUGUUGUCUCAACAAAAACCUGACCUAUUAUCUCGACCAAAACCUGACCUGUUAUCUCAGACAAAACCUGACCUGUUAUCUCAACCAAAACCUGACCAGUUAUCUCAACAAAAACCUGACCUAUUAUCUCAGACAAAACCUGACCUAUUAUCUCGACCAAAAUCUGACCUGUUAUCUCAGACAAAACCUGACCUGUUAUCUCAACCAAAACCUGGCCUGUUAUCUCAACAAAAACCUGAUCUAUUAUCUCAGACAAAACCUGACCUAUUAUCUCGACCAAAACCUGACCUAUCAUCUCAGACAAAACCUGACCUAUUAUCUGAGACAAAACCUGAGCUGUUAUCUCAGUCAAAACCUGACCUAUCAUCUCGACCAAAACCUGACCUGUUAUCUCAGCUAAAACCUGACCUGUUAUCUCAAAAAAAAACCUGA